AUGGGGACAGACCGCCCACACUUCGCCGGCCCGCCUGGCAGCUUAGGGCCUGACUCGAAGCGCCACCAUCAGAGUGCGACCGGUCUAUGGGGAAAGAGCUGGACAGCAGAGACAUGCAGUUACAUUGUCUCAAUCAUAGCCCUUGGAGGACUCACAGCUACACUCUUGGUGCAUCAAAACAAGCCACUUCCGCAAUGGCCACAGCUCGUCACCAUCAACUCGAUUAUAUCGCUGUUUUCCCUGGUGAUGAGAGCUUGCGUGGGCGUAGUGUUGGCUGAAGGUAUCAGCCAGUGUAAGUGGAAUUGGUAUCAGAAAGCGAAAAAGUUGGAUCAUAUCGAGCGACUGGACUCAGCCAGCCGUGGUUCUUGGGGCGCGUUCACUUUGUUGUAUCACUUCAGACCAAAGCAAGCAUAUUACAUCGCUACACUGGGCGCAAUGACCAUGAUUCUAGCCUCACUCACCGGCUUCUUCUCUCAACAGCUUGUGCAAUUUCACGGGUGCCUAGAGAGGGAUGCUGAUGCUUUCGCUGACAUAGCAAGAACCAAUUCCUACUCCCAGACUGGGGGCCUAGCGCAGAACAAUGUUGCCACCGAGUAUCCCCAGAUGCUGGCUGCGAUCAAUGUUGGCGUUCUUCAACCUACCGGCGACCAAACAAAUGCACUUUCUUCUGGGUGUAGCACCGGAAACUGUACAUUCUCUGAUGCCAACAAUGCAUCUUUCUCUACCGUGGCGAUCAGCCAUACAUGUGAAGAUCUUACCCCACGAAUCCAUGUCGUCAACGAGACCCGCAAUUCCUCCACGGCACCUGAUAGCAAGUACUUAGGAAUCGACUAUGGCGACAACGAAGCCUUUGAAUGGCUCGAAGAUAUGGGUGGGAUUGUAGUCAAGUCAUGGGUGGAUUCGUCAUCGUCUCCAGCUUCUUCGGAUCUGACCACGAUAUACUUCCUCUUCAGAUCAAACAGCAGCGUCACGGAUUGGAAAGUGACCAAUUGCUCGCUAUAUCCAACCGUCAACACGUAUGCAGCUAGCAUCAAAGACGCCAGGCUUGAUGAGAAUCUUACCGAAAGCAUCCCCCUUCGAUCGAUUAGCGAACAAUUCGUAACACCCCCUGUGGUGGACAUAGAUCUGUCGAACAUGCAGUUCAUGUGGACAUACAAGAUGGCCACGAAUCUCACAACAAGGAACGGCAUGCAGGAGCAAUGUGAGGGAUCUGACAAAAACAGAUCCGGGCUGGUCUACUUCCCAAAAAGCAGCGACGAGCCGACCUAUGUCAACUCUACCGGUCAUACCAAUCCAAGCGCUGGAUGGAAGUGGUGGUACUACCCGCGAAACUGUAUCUGGUCACUACACAGAUUCUCAGCCGCCAGCAUAGCCGAGACCUUGGGAGAAGUGUUUAACCUCCAGGAGGCCACCAAUAGUCGCAAGGGCGGCGUGAUGGGAGCCGCACACCUGCGUGUUCUGUUCCAAGGGGGCAAUAUAACACACAAUACCAUCGAUGCGCAAAUCAAAAACCUGGCAACCGCAAUGACCACCGUGGUCCGCACAGCCGGAGGCGACGGCACUCUGACGUAUACUCCUGACUACGCACAGGGCCUUGUCUGGACCAACACAACAUGUGUGUCUAUCCGGUGGCCCUGGAUCACCUUCCCCGCUAUUCUGAUCAGCCUAACUGGAUUGUUUCUCGCUUUGGUGGCGUUCGAGAAUCGCGGGGUGGAGAGCGAUCGUCUUUGGAAGAGCUCGUUUCUUGCGGCGAUUUUCUGUGAAGUGGAUAUUGAUACGAAUGAGAGACCAGUUGGGAAAGCAGACAUGAAGGCGGUUGCGAAGUCGACUAGUGUGAGUCUGGAGGGGAAGAGCGGGACGCUGAGGCUGGUAGCUGGGUAG